GUGAAUUUUUUGUGAAAAACUGUUUAAAAAUCCAAUUUAAGAUGAGCAAGACUCCAAAUAACAAAAAUUUGAACAAAUCAAACUCCAAUACCUUGUUCAAUUACUUCUCGAAAUCUCCUUCCGUGUCCUCGCCCUCGUCGGUAUCGAAAGUCGUCAAAAAGGAAGAAGCCAAAUCUGAGCCAAAAGUUGAUGCUAAGCGCGUUUUGGAAAAAGAUCCGGAUUUUGUCCCGAACGACAACAAAGACGACGAAAGCAGCGAAGAUGAGGUCUUAACAAUUACCAAAAAGCGUCCUCGUGCAUUGCCAUCAGACGACGAGGAUGAUGAGGACUUGGAAAAUGUUCGUCCCAACAAAAAAGAAACGCCUUUGAAGAAGGAAAAACCCGUAAAAACUGAAUCUCUUGCGGAAUUAACAAAUUUUGAGUAUGAUAGUACAACCGAUAAAGCCUCCCACGACAUCGAUCCCGAUCAUAAUUCCGGUCCAGCAAAGAAAAAGCUCAAAAACUCCAAAGGAGAUGCCGAAGCAGCAACCGAAACUGUCGAAAAUAUCAUUUGGGAGCACGAGAAACAAGAUUUCCUCAAGCCACAAUUUAUUAAAGACGCAAAUAAACGUCGUCCUGAUCAUCCAGAAUACGAUCCGCGAACACUUUACGUGCCCGAUUCGUAUCUCAAUAGCUUGACACCCGCAAUGCGACAAUGGUGGGAGUUGAAAUCGCAAAAUCGGGAUUGCAUCUUGUUCUUCAAGGUCGGAAAAUUUUACGAAUUGUACCACAUGGAUGCGAGUGUUGGUGUUCAAGAGCUCGGAUUCACUUUCAUGAAGGGAAAUUUCGCUCACAGUGGAUUCCCGGAACAAGCUUUUGACAAAAUGGCAACGCAAUUAGUGGAUAAAGGGUACAAAGUGGCUCGUGUCGAACAAACAGAAACGCAAGAUCAGAUGGCAGAACGUAUUAAGUCCAUGAAUCGUCCCACAAAAUUCGAUAAAGUCACGAGACGCGAAAUUUGUCAAGUAUCGGAGAUGGGAACGCAAGUAUUCACGCAACAAACAGCCUUGAUUGACAAAGCAGAGCCUCGUUUGAUCCUUGCUUUGAACGAAAAAGCCGACGGAAAUGUCAGUCGUUAUGGGAUUUGCUUCCUUGACACUUCCAUUUGCGAUAUUUACCUCAGCGAAUUCGAUGACGAUCAACAUUGCAGUCGAUUAUUGACACUUUUGGCGCAUUACAACCCGGUUUUGGUACUUUAUGAGAAGGGAGGCGUUUCUCCGAGAACUGCUGGGGUCAUUCGUACUGUCCUGAGAAACUCCAAAAAGGAAUUGCUCGCUAAAGAUACGCAAAUGCUGGGAGCUGAGAAGACCUUGAAACUCUUAAAGGAGAAAUAUUAUGACUCGAGCACAGGAAAAGCCUUUCCAGACAUCCUAAAAUCGCUCCAUAGUGACUCUGUGGGUCUCACACCAGCUAAUGACUUUAUUCUCACAUUAAAAAGCUUCGGCGGGAUGUUGUGGUACAUGCAAAAAUCGCUCAUCGAUCAACAAGUCAUCGAUAGUGCUCAAUACAUUUUCUACAAUCCGCCGGAUGUCGAAGCUGCAGCAGAAAAUAAGCAACCGGAGAACAAAAAUAUGGUACUCGAUGCCAUUACAUUGCAAAAUUUACGAGUUUUUGGCGAGGAAAUGUCGUUAUAUCGCACCAUGGACUUUUGUUGCACGAAAUUCGGAAAGCGAUUGCUUCAUGAUUGGCUUUGUGUGCCAAGUAAUUGCAUCUCGGUCAUCAAAUCGCGUCAAGAAGCGGUCAAAGAAUUGUUCGAUAACAACUCGUUGUUGCAAGAUAUUCGAUUGUUACUUGUGCGAAUCCCGGAUCUCGAACGACUUUUAGCUGUCUUGCAUGGAUUUGGAAAUGCCAAACCAGGUCAUCCCGAUACGAGAGCUGUUUUGUAUUGCCUCCAAGACUACAACAAGAAGAAAAUUUCUGACUUUGUCACUACUUUGAAUGGAUUUGAGGCGAUUUUCGAACUUCCUGAGAUGUGCAAAGAUGUUGAAUCGCAAAAAUUGAAAGAUUUAACUCAAUUUAAAUCACAAGGCGGUGCUUUGCCCGAUUUACAAAAAUCCUUGCGUUACUUCAAAGAUACCUUCAACUUUGAGGAUGCCAUGAAAACGGGAUCUCUCGCUCCAAAUCCGGGCGACGAUGCCGAAUUUGAUGCAGUUGAACAGGAAAUCGCUGAUUUACACAAAGAAAUGAAAGUUUAUCUCAAGUCGCAAGAGAAAUUUUUCGGAUGUUCGUUAACCUAUUUCGGUAGUGACAAGAAACGUUUCCAAAUUGAAGUCCCCGAAUCGUGUUCUAAGAAGGCAAAUUCCGAUUACGCGUUAGAAUCACAACGCAAAGGCAAGCCAGCUUGCAAAAGAUUUUAUACGGAAGAAACACGUGACUUUUUGAAACGGAUGCAACAGCUCGAGGAAAAGCGCAAACAUGUCAUGAGCGAUUUUGCACGUCGUAUUUUCGAAAAAUUCUCCUUGGAGUACAAGAAAUGGAAGGAAAUCGUGCAUUUAAUGGCAGAAUUGGAUGUUUUGGCAUCAUUUGCGGAAUACGCCAGAAACCAAGAAGUCAUUUGCAUGCCAGAAAUCGUCGAUAACGAGAUUGUUUUGACGUUAGAAGAGAGUUACCAUCCAUCGAUGAACGUAAAUGGCAACUUUAUCCCCAAUGGAAUUGUACUUGGAGGAGAAAAAGCUCCUUUGGCAUUGUUAACGGGACCAAAUAUGGGCGGUAAAUCAACAUUGAUGCGACAAGUUGGACUGCUUGCCAUAAUGACACAAGUCGGUGCCUUAAUUCCCGCACAAUCCUGCAAAAUGUCUCUUGUCGAUCGAAUUUUCACGCGAUUGGGUGCCCAAGACGACAUUAUUGCCGGUCAAAGUACUUUCCUCGUUGAAUUGAGUGAAGCUUCCGUCAUUCUUAAGCACGCCACAGACAAAAGUCUCGUAUUGCUCGAUGAACUUGGUCGCGGAACGUCAACAUACGAUGGAAAUGCCAUUGCAGGAGCUGUUGUCAACUACCUUUCGAAGAAACAUUGUCGUUGUUUGUUCUCCACGCAUUAUCACAACUUGGUCGAUAACUUCCAGCAUGAUCCACGCGUUGCUUUGGGACACAUGGCAUGCAUGGUUGAAAACGAAGACGACGAAGACGUUACACAGGAAACCGUUACGUUCCUCUACAAGUACAUCGAUGGUCCGGCUUCGAAGAGUUACGCUUUUGGAGCGGCAAAACUCGCUGGCAUGCCAUUAAGUAUCAUUCGACGAGCUCAUGAGCUCUCAAAAUACGUAGAAAAAGUUGCCCUUCAACGAAAACUCAAAGCAAAAAUCCUCGCAAAAGAUGUCAACGGUAUCUCGGAGUGCAUCAAAAAAUUACAAGCGUGCUCAGUUGCUGCAUAAAAUCACACUUUUUUGUUUAAGAUGUUAAUUUAAGCUGUAGAAUUGCCGGUUGGAGCGACGUUAUUGUACGAUGAACCAUCCUCUUUCAGUGUCAGUUGGAACAAAAUGAUCAAAUAAGUUGUGCUGGCUCCCGCAAUCUACCAAAAAAGUAUACGAAUUAGAUGUUAAGUUUCAAAGAAGACAAAUUACCGUAAAUAAAAGUGUUCCAUCGACGGAGAACAUUCCAUAAACUGUAAAUUUCGGAAAUACAUGCACCAUUUGUAACGCAAAUUUGGACAAUUGUUCCUUGGCUUCAUGCGCUAAGUUGUCCUUGUACAGCAUUUUUGCCAC